AUGGAAUGUUGGUCGCAAGGACGAGUUGCUUUAGUAAAUGAUGCGGGUUAUUGUCCUACUCGUGUCACUGGUAUGGAAACAACUCUAGCUCUUGUUGGUUCUUAUAUUUUGGCUGGUGAAAUCGGACGAUGUCAGGAUCAUGUAGAAGCAUUUAAACAAUAUGAAAUGCUGAUGCGUCCAAUCGUUACUAAAGCUCGAAAAAUAUGA